UACCAAAGUGUUACCCACAAUGCACUUGGACUGGCAGGAAGCGUUCGAUUUCAGUUGGCGCGUCGCUACGAGUAACAGUUGCUAUGAAACCGGCUAAAUUCCUCUCUCCUCACAAGUAACUAUAGCAACUAGUCGUCCACGUGUGUACACCUUAUGUGAGACUUGUGUCUAGAAAGUGACAGCUCCAGACUUAACGAUAACUUAAGCUGUCAAUGAGGAAGCAUCGAACCCGAAGCUAGUAUCAUGGAGAUGGAGAGAUUGCUCUCUGAAGAUGUGUAUCGAAAUCCCCACCGGCUUCUUUCCCUGUGUGGAAAGAUAAUCUCAUUUAACUGUAAACGAGCUUCAGAUGACAGCAGCGAGAGAAGCGAGCUGAUAUUCAGCAGCCUUUCAUUUGAACGGGAGGACAACAAGUUCCUGAAGGCAGCUGAUGGAGCAGCUUUCAUCAUCAACAGGAAGAGAUCAGCAGAUGUGCAUAUUGUGACAUGUAAAUGUGCCAUCCACAAGAGAGGAGUCACCACCACGUGUGUUUUAGUGUGUUUUAGUGAGAAAGGGGACAUCUUUCAGUAUAGUCUGCUCACACUGAGCAGCUCAAACAGACUGGAGCCCUGCAUUGAGUUUAAGCUCCCUUAUCAAAUGAGGGAGAAGGUGUCCAUCCUGCAUGGCCCCACAGUGCUGUGGAGCCAUGCUGGUAAUGUCUUCUAUACAUCUCUGCAGGCAGGAGAGGUGAGACAGAUACCUAUGCAGUUGUCCCACAGUGUGAUUGGACAACUCCCCCUCCACAAAGAGGAGCAGGUAUUUGUUCUGGGACUGCAAAACCUUUCAGACCAGUGCUCAAAUACUCAAUCCACAACUAUUCUGGGCUAUUUUGUUGAGAGUGGACACACAUUUGAUGGCACUUUGAUUUUGCCUCAUCCCUACGUCAGCGUCACACGGUGCAUCCUGGUGCUGUCUGCUGAAAAAGUAGGCGAUGAUGUGCUGAAAUCUGCUGUGGUUGCAGCGACUUCUAACAAGCAACUGGUUUAUUUUGAGAAUGGCAUCGUGAGAGAUGUGUGUCAGCUCCCCUUUGAGCAACCUGAAAGUAUCCAGGUGGUCAACACGGGGAGAAAUGGCUGCCUGUUUGUCAUAUCCUUUCACCGGGGGCAUGUAUGUGCUAUGUGGAAGGAGACAUUUCAGAUAGCCUCCCACUGGUCCAGCGUCAGCUCUGUCCAUGUGGAUGACUUCCUGGGAUGUGGAACAGACCAAAUGCUGUUGGUUUUUAAGGAUCAAGGCGUAACAGGACAGCCUUUGGAAACAUUUCUCCUCACUGACCUUUGUGGCAUUUCAUAUUCUCGUGGACAGGACAGUGGAGCGCCGAAGACACAGCCUCCUCCACCAGACAACGAUCUCCUCACCCUCCGAGCUCUAGAGUCCAGACUACAGAGUGGAUUGACCGUGCUUCAGGAGCUGCAGAGAGAGGAGAGAGUGAAGGACAGGGUUCUCCAGCAGUCUGUCCGAGCCCUCAACGAUGUGGUCUCAGAAAGAGAGACUGUUCUCACCAAGCCUGAGCAGGAAGGCCUUAUCGCUCUGUGGGACUGUGAUGAUGAUGAUGAUGACGAGUCAAAGGACGAGGCCUUGGAUGACAAGACGCAAGACAUGCCAGCAGUGUCUUCACAACCUCGAGUUGACAAGCUGUGGCAUCGCUUCACUGAGGAGCGAAUGGUUGUGGGAGUGAUACUAACUACUGACAGCUCAGUACCAGCGGCCAGUGUGAGCUUAUCCAUCCUGACAGAGACGGGGCAGAGCUCAACGCCCGCAGUCAUCCAGACCCAGAGCCAAGUGUUCUGGCUCCCCGCGCCCUGCUCCUCAUCAUCAUCAUCCUCCUCCUCCUCUGCCUACACGUUCUCGGAGCCCGCAGCCAAAAGACGCAAGCAGCACAAUGCCGACAGACCCAGUGAUCUCAACGCACGCAGACUGGCUGUGACUGCUGCGACCGGGCUGACACCUCUGUUGAACUCUGGCCGUGUCAAGUGCCGUGUCGUGCUCCAUUACCUCCAGAGACGAGAUGCUUUUGCCCCUGUGAGCAACCCAACACCGGUUGUUCUGCAUUGUGGUGAAGUUGCUUUAGACAUCCACGGUGAUUUCCAAACCCAACUGUUGAAAAACCCCGAACUCAAAACAGAUGAGGCUGAAGAGGACUUGCUGAGUUUGAUGGCGGUGCUGGAUCGCUGGGUCUUCCACAUAGACUCUCCUGAUCACAGCUUAGGUGAUAUAGAUGGCUGGAUUCAGAAAAGAGUGGGCUGUAAGAGGAUAGAAGUGAGCCCUCAGUAUCUACUGUUAAAUUCUUCAGGACCAUCUGCUCUCAUGCUGCUGCACUGGCAUCAGAUAACCCCUUUCCAGGGGCAACUGUCUGUCCACUCCAGCCAGCUACAGACGCUCCAGUUCCUGGACUCCAUCUCGGCUUACCUCCCUGUGUCCUGCUCCAUCCAGCCCGUCAAAGGUCCAAGAGGACAGGGUGCUGCUCAAAUAUUUUCUUUGGCACUGGAGAAAGAGUUGACGUCACUCACAGAGUGUGCGUCAUCGCUACUUUGUGAGGAGGAAGAAGAGGAGGAGAAGAAGAGGAAGAGCCUUGGACACGAGGAGACCCCUGAGCCAGGUUCUGUGAUGGGGCUCCAAAGGUGUAGGGACGUGUUUCAGCUGGACGUAGAGAGGAGCAGGAGGAGGUUGAGCCCCCUGGUGGACGUGGGGAGGUAUCGUAGGCUUACCCAAAACAUGUCCCAAGUCCAACUGGAUGGGGAUUUGGCAGCUCUCUUAGACACUCAGACAACUUUGCUCAGCUAGUUUGCUGCAGACGUGGUUGUUGUUGAAAAUCCCCUUCGCUAAGUCUGGACAAGCAGUAAUGGGUUGCCGGUGUUGUCUCUGCUGAACCGUGUGUGUCUGCUCCCUCACCACUCUUGGGGUUUAUAUCUAUCUAGUGUCUGCUGCUGCUGUGUAGAGCCUCAGCCUAUUUCCACCGGAACGCCUCCUGGGUUUUACAGCCUUAAUCUGAUACUGAUGUGAUACUGCUCUCCGCUCAGUUUAUUCUUCUCUUUCGUGUCCCUGUGGACCCUCUGUGUUUAAAAAAAAAAACGCUCUUUAAUGUCUGCCGCUGCUGCGAGUGAGAAACUGUUUGUGUUACGAAUGAAGGCAACAGAUGAUGGUAGAGCAAGGGGCUUUUUUAAAUCUGCUCAGUGGCUGGAGUUGACUGAAAGCUUUUAGUGGUAGGCUGCUUUCCCCCUCAUGGUUCAGUUCUUUCCCUGUGUGUUUUCAUCUGUGACGCUGCACAAGGCUGUCUGCGCUGUUAGUUAAAAUGCCAAGUAAACAUCAAAUCCUACUUUAAAGGACCCCCAGCUUUUCUGGAUACAAGAGGUCUUAGGCAGCUUGGCCGUUGUGUUUGCGAAAAUGGCUGGUGAGGGUUUUUUUUUUUUCCCCCAGCGGGGGCUGAUAAACGAGGGUUUUGUUUGUUGUAGGAGCUACUCCGUCUGUCUGUGUGUAGUACUCAGUUUGAGGAGAGAUAAACUGCCCCUCUUUUACACCUUUUAAUAUGUCGGCUUCAUUGCAAAUAACAGCUUCAACAGGACUCCCCUGAACAUAGGUGAAACAUAAUCACUUCAAAGUGAGUGAUUUCUAAUGGGUUAGGGUUUUUUUGUCUUGUUUGAAUGGAAAUAAAGCUCCUGUUUGCAGCUCAGUUAGCUUCUGUUGUUAUAUUCAGACAACUCAACUUCAGGUCACCAUGCAACUUGAUAACACACAUCAACAUCCCACACAUUUUUGGCUGCGUCACAAACACCCCUGUCAUUUCUAGCACAGCAGAUUAAUUGUGAACACAGUACAGUAAAUAACACCGAUAAAGGGCCAGGGAGAUAUAGAUCACACGUGAAAACGAAAAUUCAAUUGUAUUGGUGUUCCCUUAAAGCCCCGACUGCCAGCCAGAGUCAAAUAUAUGGUUUGUCAUCCCAUUAUUGUCCGUUAACUUGUAUUAACUCUGAGUGUUGGAAGCAGGCUGCAGGGGUUUCUACCCUCCACUGAAGUCCCCUCACUUUAACGGGGAAUGAAAACGUGGUAGAUGAAUAAUGUUGCUGCUGUUUUAUGAAACAUCCUAGACACGGAGAAACCAACAUUUACAUGCCAUCUAGCUUAGUGAUGAAGACAAAUUGACGAUUGAUCGAGUCCUGCGUCUUUUGACACCUUUGGGGAUGCCAGUCAUCUACUGUCAGUUUAGGCUGUCCAUUUCCACUGGGAAAAGAAAAAGAAUUGAAGAAAUGUCGUAAUAUAAAAAAAAA